AUGAGUGCUCACUCGUUACAUGCAGUUGGCUCCAUAAUCACUGGGCACUUGUCACGCACCACCACCCCCCCUCAGUUCUCAGUAAACACCAUGGCGACCCGACGUAUUGUCGCCUCGGAGAAAACCAUCCUCGAAAAGGACGAUGUGGUCGGCUCCAGUCCUGCUGCUGGCGACAAGUCUAACAUCACCCCGGCCGUGCCGAUGGACGUCAUCCUAAAGCUGCUCGGGUUCACCUUCGCCAUGAUCGUCCUGCCCAUUGGCACCUACUUCGUGACGGUCGAUUUUCUCUUCAAAGGCAAUUCUACAUUUGCCGGAGCCCUGGCUGCGGUUAUGGCCAAUGUGGUUCUCAUCAGUUAUGUCAUUGUUGCCAUGAAGGAGGAUCAGAGCGACCAACUGGAAGCCAAGAAGGAACUGAAGAAGGACCGCUGA